AUGAUUAAUUUCUUAACAAUAGCUAUUGUUGCACAGGUUGUUAGUAGGACAUGGUGGUUUAAGGAGUCAGGAGAAGCUCUAACCAACCUGAUCCUAGAGGAGUGUGGGGAAUAUAUUUCCACAACCUUGCAGUCUUUGGCAGUGCAUUGCAAUGAUGAUGAUCCAUCUCUCCUCUUGCUUCUCUUGGAGAAAUCUUGGCUGGAGUUUCCUAAGAAAUUACAGUUUAUCUGUGAUAUUGCUGGAGCUGGUACUGGAAUAAAAUUGUGGGAUUUGGGUCUUCAGCUUUUCCCCCAAAAGCUCUUUUUGGCCUCUCAACUUCGUGACAAGAUCAAAGGCAAGUCUAUUGACAUGAGUCAGCUAGAGAAUCUUACUAAUAUGUUUAAUGGGUCGAUUUUCCGCCGAUCGCGCUUCUUGGAGAAGCCUUUUCUUGACUCCACUGCUGAGUUUUACGCCGCAGAAGCAAAACAAGUACUGGAACAGUCUCCUGACCUUCCCCAGUGUUUGAAAUAUGUCCAUCAAAGAGUUGGCGAGGAGAAGAAAAAAUGUAGAAGCCUCCCCCUUUUCUUUAUAUUCCAGGAUGAGCUGCUUGAAGUUGUCUACAGGGAACUCUUGGGGGUUCAUGCUCGUGCCAUUCUUGAAAAGGUUCUUUUCUCUCUAAUGUGGGUUUUGUUCUGUGAGCAAAAGUUGUCUAAGUACAUGUGGUGGUUGCAGGGUUUCGAAAAGCUAUUGGAUGAGAGAUUCCAGGAGGACCUUUCUAGGAUGUAUAAACUCUUCUCCGAGGCAGAUUUAGUGGGUCAUAUCAACGAUGAACUGAGCUCCUACAUUUCUAAAACUGGAGAGAAGAUUCUAAAGGAAGGCUCAACCCUGACUGAGUUCUAG